CAACUCCCACCCCAACACCCACCACAACAUAUCUCUCAAAUACCAGUAUCGACGCCAAUGUCGACUCUACCACAUAUGGCACCACCAAUGCCUCAAUCGUCACCUCCGAUGACAUCUCAAGUGCCACAACUCUCACCAAUUAAUCAGUUCGCACCGCAAACCCCGAUCGGCGUACAGCCGGGACCACAACAGGGACAGCUGAUGCCUGUGAUGGCCGACCAAAACACACUUAUGGCACCACAACAUGUACCGCAAGCACAGCCAGUGCCACCGCCCCACUCCCUACCACCCCAUCCCAGUCCUAUGACACAUCCAAUGCCGCCCAAUGCGGUUCCACCACAACCACCAACUGGUCAGUCAUUCAACUCAGUAUACCUGUCGUCGUAUUAA